AUGUGCGAGUCACAUACCAUCCAUCACAUCUGUGGCCAUGCCAAAUUCAAGACCCUCGUCCAGUGCGCUGACAUGAUUGACAGACUGGUCGCCUCCCAUCUGCUGGUCAGCUGUUCCCAUCAUCUUUGCGACGACAUCGGCGACAACCCACACAUCUUCCCCGACAUAUGUGACUCUUGUAAGCGGAGCGCCGUCAUCGCCGACUGGAUUGACCAGCAGCCGGGCGGCAAGUUCGAGGUGCUGCGGGCGUGGAGGAGACAGAAUCGACCGCAAUCGAACUCGAGCGAAGAGCCAGAAGCUGCCCAUGUUGACCAUGGCGCCGAUAUGCAUGAAAUGGAAAUGGAGGCCGCCGAAACACUGUCGGAGGUUCCAGUUUCCGAUUGCCUAGACAUUUCCGCUUCAGUUUCGGUUUCCACCGCCGAUUCAGCAAGCCCCAGCCCUCCGGCACCGUCGUCCGUUCAGAGUGCGUGGUGUAGUGCCCCUUCCGAUCAUGCGAAGACGGCGGAACCGAGGAAUCUCAAGAAGCGUUUGGCGAGCUUGACCACUCGAGCCGACCGGCUAAUCGCGAGGAUCCGAGCCAAAGAGACUGAGACGGCGACGGUAGGAGGGACGUUGGACAACUGA